CGUCUCUCUCUUCUCUACGCUUAUUCCUUCCUCUUUGUGGCGUAGAUUUAUAGAGAGAGAGAAAAGGAAAAAAAAAAGUAUCUCAAAUCUCUCCAGUUCAGAGAAUUUGAUCGAUUCCACAUUCGUUUCCUCUAUCGCAACACUCGAAAUCAGAAGCUUUUGAUUGCUAUGGCUGCUACUGCUCCUUCCGCAGUCCGUUACGCACCUGAGGAUCCUACUCUUCCCAAGCCUUGGAAGGGCCUUGUCGAUGAUCGAACGGGUUACUUGUACUUUUGGAAUCCUGAGACCAACGUUACUCAAUAUGACCGACCUACUUCCUCUCAACCUCCAAAUUUGGCUCAAGUUCCUGUAAGCUCCUCCGUUCAGGUUGCCUCUUCUGUACCGAAUGGUAGCUAUGCUCCUGCCAAGGAUGAUGAGAAGUACAGUAGAGGUAGUGAAGGUGGGCCUAGGCGCUCCAGGUUUAGCGAGAUUGACAGGAGUGCGUAUAUGAAUGGUGGUGCCAAUGGACUUGGGAAUUCUGCAUACCCUGCCUCUGCAGGAGGUCUUCCUCCUUCAUCUGAUUCAGGAAAUGAUAUUUCUCCCGAGGCAUAUUGCCGCCGCCAUGAAAUUACCGUCAGUGGGAGCCAAGUACCAGCACCUCUAAUGUCCUUUGAAACUACUGGUUUUCCUCCUGAGCUUCUGCGUGAGGUACUUAGUGCAGGUUUCUCUGCUCCAACUCCAAUUCAAGCUCAGUCGUGGCCAAUUGCCAUGCAAGGUAGGGACAUUGUUGCCAUUGCUAAAACUGGCUCGGGAAAAACUUUGGGUUACUUGAUUCCUGGUUUUAUGCAUCUUCAACGCAUCCGGAAUGAUUCGCGAAUGGGCCCAACAAUCUUGGUAUUGUCUCCAACCAGGGAGCUGGCCACACAAAUCCAAGCCGAAGCUGUUAAAUUUGGGAGGUCGUCAAGAAUUUCGUGCACGUGCUUGUAUGGUGGUGCACCCAAGCCUCCCCAGCUGAGGGAGUUGGAAAGAGGAGCUGAUAUCGUGGUUGCAACUCCUGGACGAUUGAACGACAUUCUUGAGAUGAGGAGAAUUAGUCUGCGUCAAGUAUCUUAUCUUGUGCUAGAUGAGGCAGAUAGAAUGUUGGACAUGGGGUUCGAACCGCAAAUAAGGAAGAUUGUGAAAGAGAUUCCCACUAAGCGUCAAACGCUCAUGUACACAGCUACAUGGCCAAAGGGAGUCAGGAAGAUUGCAGCGGACUUGCUUGUUAACCCUGCUCAGGUCAACAUUGGUAACGUUGACGAGCUUGUGGCUAACAAGUCGAUCACACAGCACAUCGAAGUGGUAGCACCAAUGGAGAAACAGAGGAGGUUAGAGCAGAUAUUACGGUCUCAGGAACCAGGCUCGAAGGUGAUAAUAUUCUGCUCAACCAAAAGGAUGUGCGACCAGCUAACUCGCAGUCUGACCCGCCAGUUUGGAGCUGCUGCCAUACAUGGAGACAAGUCACAGCCUGAGAGAGACAAUGUUCUGAAUCAAUUCCGCAGUGGCAGGACUCCGGUUCUUGUCGCAACUGAUGUUGCUGCUCGUGGACUGGACGUUAAGGACAUUAGGGCGGUCAUAAACUAUGAUUUCCCCAAUGGAGUGGAAGACUAUGUUCAUAGAAUCGGAAGAACAGGAAGAGCUGGAGCGACUGGUCAGGCAUUCACAUUCUUUGGCGAUCAAGACUCGAAACAUGCUUCGGAUCUGAUCAAGAUUUUGGAAGGAGCAGACCAGCGAGUUCCUCCUCAGAUCCGUGAAAUGGCUGCACGUGGUGGUGGUGGUGGAAUGAACAAAUUCAGCCGUUGGGGUCCUCCCGGAGGUCGUGGUGGCAACUCUGGUUAUGGUGGCAGAGGUGGCAACUCUGGUUAUGGUGGCAGAGGUAGCGACUCAGGUUAUGGUGGCAGAAGUAGCUUUGGUUCACGUGACAGUGGAAUGGGAAGUAGAAGCAGCAAUGGAUGGGGAAGAGAGCGUGAAAGGAGUCGGAGCCCGGAGAGAUUCAACAGAGUUCCACCACCGUCUUCUACUGGAUCUCCUCCUCGCAGCUUCCAUGAAUCCAUGAUGAAACACCGAUAAACGGCAAAAAGAUACAAGAAAAAGCUGCAGCUCCCCAAUUGAAGAAGAAUGUGUUCGAGUGUUUCUACAUUUGACAUUUAUAUAUACUUUUUUGGCCGGUGAAGAACCUAAGUGACUAGCAAGACACUCUAAGCCCCCAUAAAAAACUAAAAAUGCUUGUUUUCUUUAUAUAGUUUUUUUUUUGUAUUUCUUUAUACUCAAAGUUUGUUGUUUAGUUAACGUAAAACUUUAUAUCUAAACAUGAUAAUCACUUCAUAUGUUUGUUAAAACCUCGACCUCUACGGCUCUACUUCGACGGCUAUUCAGA